AUGGCGAGAGAUCAUUUGAAACAAGUACACGGGUUAUCGCUGGAACGCCUCGAUGCCGAUUUCAACUUUAAGAAAAGAGAAUACCGUAAUCUCAGGACACUAGAGGAGAAGUGGAGAUUGGUUUACCGCCGCUUAUUUCCCGAAGAGGCCGAAGAUUCCAUACCUUUGCCUUACGCCAACGAAGAUCGUGACCAGUAUGAUGGACUACUCUCCGAGCUUGUGAGCGUUGCGGGUCGCCGAACAAUGGGAGAGAAAGCCUUUCGAGACGGGGUCCUCGAUUUUGCGCGCAGGUUCGUACAGGAACGUCACUCUGCAAGAUCGAAAUCAGUCGAUUCGGCAGUGGAUUUCAUGACGAACCCUCCAACGAGCGCGACCAUACACACACCCCUAUCACCGCCCGUGUCCCACGAGUAUUCCUUCCGAACGACCACGGAUGACGAGGGCUACUGCGGUCAAAGCCCUAGGCUUGCCAACAAAACCAGCACAAAUCUCGAUGCGUACGCACCAGCGGCUGCAGACCCCUGGUCAUUCGAACAAGUCUUCAACGCGGACCCAUAUUCAACCAACAACAACCAGGAAUGGAACAUCAGAUCACAGCCUUUGUCGGCUAUUUCUACAGAUGGAGUCACGCCGCUGGAGGACGUUGCGCGCUCUAGUUUACCGCCCGCCCCGAGACCUCAGCCACACGCUGGUAGCGCUUAUCACGGUCCACCCCAGCUUGAAAGGGCACAGUCACGCACAACCAUCCCUGUCGCUUCCAAGUUCAUGUCUUAA